AGACGGUGGGGUGGGGUCAUUGUGCGCACGCGAGGGCAUCUCAGAAAGACGGUGAUGGACGGCUCUUCGGUGUCUGACGCUGGUUGGGAGAGGGAUUUCCGGCCGACGCGACGGGGGCGACGUUUCUCGCAGGGUCAAGAACCUAAAGAACCAGAGCAGUUACGCAAGCUGUUUAUUGGUGGAUUGAGUUUUGAAACUAAUGAAGAGAGUUUAAAGGAGCAUUUUGAGCAAUGGGGACAGUUAACAGAUUGUGUGGUUAUGAGAGAACCACAAACAAAACGUUCAAGAGGAUUUGGGUUUGUCACUUACUCUUCUGUGUCGGAGGUGGAUGCUGCAAUGUCUGCACGGCCACACAAAGUUGAUGGUCGUGUUGUAGAACCAAAAAGAGCAGUGUCAAGAGAGGAUUCUACAAAACCUGGUGCCCAUUUAACAGUGAAAAAAAUAUUUGUUGGUGGUAUCAAAGAAGAUACUGAGGAAUAUCAUCUGAGAGAUUAUUUUGAGAAGUAUGGCAAGAUUGAAAAUAUUGAAGUUAUGACUGAUCGUGGAAGUGGGAAAAAACGAGGGUUUGCUUUUGUCACAUUUGAUGAUCAUGACUCUGUGGACAAAAUUGUCGUUCAAAAAUAUCACACCGUGAAUGGACACAACUGUGAAGUGAGAAAAGCGCUUUCACGACAAGAGAUGCAGGGGAUUGGAUCUGGCCAAAGAGGACGUGGUAGCUCUGGAGGUGGCAAUAGCCCUGGCCAUUAUAUGGGCCGUGGUGGUGGUAAUUUCGGAGGUGGAAAUGGGGGAGGCAAUUUCAACCGUGGAGGAAAUUUCAGUGGAAGAGGAAUGGGAAAUUUUGGAGGUGGCCGCGAUGAUUAUGGAGGGAGUGGUGGUGGUGGCUAUAAUGGGUUUGGUGAUGGUGGCAAUUUUGGAGGUGGCCAAGGUUACUGUGGUAGAGGAGGAGGAGGAUAUGGCGGUGGUGGCCCAGGUUUUGGCAACCAAGGUGGUGGAGGUGGAGGAGGAUAUGGUGGUGGUGGUGGCUACGACAACUACAAUGAAGGUGGAAACUUUGGAGGGCAUUUUGGUGGUGGCGGUGGCGGUGGGAACUACAAUGAUUUUGGAAACUAUCCUAACCAGUCGUCAAAUUACGGACCCAUGAAGAAUAGCAAUUAUGGUCGGAACUCAGGUCCUUAUGGCGGUGGUUAUGGAUCUGGUGGUGGUGGUGGUGGUGGUGGUGGUGGAAGUGGAGGAGGUAGCGGUGGUUAUGGCAGAAGAUACUAACCACAUUUGCUGAAAGAUUGGAUAAGAAGUCGUCUUCCACUUUUACUGUGGCAACUUGCAUACUACGUUAAUGCUCAAUUUCUGGAAUGGUAAGAUUGAGAAAGAUGUAUGCAUAAUAACUAACUUACUUCCCAUAAUUGUAACUUCAAGCUGUCGGUUUUGUUCUUCAAUUAUGCACAGUAACAACACGGUGUUAAUGCAUAAUUUAUAACAAAAUUGAAAUUGUCCAUUGGCUACAUAUUAUUCCAGACAGAUGUAGUCCGAAGAGAACCAUGACGUGGUAAAUCCAGUUUUACUUCCUCUCAGCAUGUGAAACAAUGGUAUUUGAAGUUCACUGUCACACCAUACAUAAAUAGGGAGUGGGAGCAAAGGUUAGAUCUUUUGUUGGUAAUCCCUGAAUAUUUAACUUGGCUGUCACUACAGUGAUUUUUUUCACUAGUGAUUUUUUAAAAGUUUUUAAAUUUUUACAUAACUGGCCUUUGUUUAUCCCACUGCAAAGUAUCCAAAGCUUUCACUGAAUGUAGCGUUAAACUUCAAUUCCAGAACUAUUUAAUGGAAUUUGUUCAUGUGUAUGAGCUAAAAUGUUGCUAAAUUCAACCUGUUGUAGAUAUGGUCUCAAAAUAUUGAAUUUGAUAACUAAAAUUGAAAUGUUUUAUUGAACAAUUAAUUUACUUUCUUGGAUUUCUGUCUGAACUAACUAUAUUUGCGUACUUUUUUCCUAGCUUCCAUUUUGAAAGAUUACAGCCAUACUUUCUGUCUUGGUAUAACAAUCAUAAAUUACUUUUUCAUAUUACUGCAACAGAAUGACUAAACAUUGAAGCAAAGGGGGGCACUAUUUUUUUGCAAAUGGAAAUAAAUAUUUAAUAAAUUCAGCCUGAAUGUUGUCAACUAUUUUGUGCAAUAUUCUUCCAUGAAACAUUUUGUUUCAGUUGUAUGGGGACACUAGCAUUGUGAUAAUGGCUCUUUGGACCAUUUAACCCAGAGGUUUAGUUCAAUCCGAUUGUGAUAGUUGGAGGAAUUUAAAUUCACUUAAUUAAAUAUGGAAUAAAGCCUCAUGAAACUGGAUUGGGAUUUUUAAAAAAAGAUCUGUUUGGUUAUCCUGCUUACAGGGAGGAAGUCUGUUCUUACCCAGUCUGACCUGCAUAUGACAUAAUUGCACAUUAUUAGCUGGAACUGUAGUAUCCAUUUGUGUUGAUGUAUUGUGAUUAUAUGUGUCAUCACUAAGCCUCCGCACAGUUCUAGUGAUGGUGGAUGAGCAGCACAAGCAGUUUGCUCAUAGUUCCCAACUUUUCCUGUUAAUUCUAAGUUGUCAAUUAAAAUUUUAUCUUUUCAUUGGUUGUAGAGUCAGCAUGAAUUGGCUCUGUCAAGCUUUUUAGCACCAUACAGUACUUCAUUUGAAUGGUGGGGAAAAAUGAUAUUUAGGCAAAUAUCUUCUGUUCCAAAGUAUCUUGCAGACACGCAAUUACUUUGUCAACUUCAUAAUGUAGACUCAGUAUGGAAAUGUGUUAAAUGUUGGUGGGAAUCACUGAAAUUUCUUAUUAUUAAAGGCACAUAAUUUGGAUCUUUUACUUGAGUGAGUGAACUUGGUGGAUGGGGUGUAGUCUCCUGAAAAAUUGCAGUUUCUGAAAAAACCUUAGUACAGUAUUACUAAUAUUAGGUAAGUUUGUGUCCAGAGUGAGACUUGACCCCUUCUUUGGCCAUGCCCUUUGAGUUGCAAGUGACAACUAGGAGUCAAGUUGAUUUUGUGUUUAAAGAACUCAACUGCUUUGUGAAUGUAUUCUGCUUUUCCUUCCACUUAUCACAUGCACAACAUUAUUAGCUAUUUUAUACAUUCAUAAUUUUAUUGCUGGAAAGCUGUACUUGCAGAUUGAAAAGCAAGAUGAGAUUCCAGCAGUUCAAGAAAGAAGCUCAUCACCUUCUGGACAGCAAGUAGAAUGGGUGACUAAAUGCUGGCCAAGCCUGCAAAGUCCACAUCAUGUGACUUGAUCAAAAUCAACAAUAAAAUUCCCAUCAUCGUUCUAGAAGUUUAACUUGGAACUUCGCAUCAUUAGCUACCAUUCAUUCUAGUAUUAAUCAAUUGUGAUGCAUGUCCUGUGAUUUGCAACCGUCCCGUUAGAAAUAAGGUAUGAAAGAUAGGUGUGUAAUUACUAAAUGUCUUCACUAUUCAAUCCAAUGUCUUGUCUCUGUCUAUUGAUGCAAGGAAUGUUUCUACAAAAUACAGACCAUUCAUGAAGAUUCUAGUCACAAUGCUGUGGUUAUAUCAAGUAUACGGCAAGCUUGAUGGGCCGUCUGGUCUCUUGCUGCCCAUCGUAGGUUUAUGUGAGCCAGAUAGAACUGUGAAUACUACUGUUUCCAAUCUGUUGCUUCAAUUUUAUUGUGGGAGAAAAGACUUUUGCGAUCUAAUACCUUUGUUAAUAGUGGGGUUAAGUAGCAGUGUAGACAAAUAAGGAUGACUUCAGAUACUCUGCAGAUGGUUGUGACUACACUGACUUGCUACUUGAGUGCUGUUUUCGUUGAUACUUAUACAAGUGUUCAUUUUUCCUAUUUGGUCAUCUUCUCUCCCACUCCAGCUAAGUAAGCAAUCACCAGUCUGCUCACCACUUUGUUCUGCCCUUUGUGAUUUGGACCUGUAUAUCUCUGUAUCUGCCUGUAUGAAUAGUGUGUUACACCUGGAAAAAUUUGUAGCUUGUGGUGGCACUCUCUAACUUCACUACACCACUAGGUAAACUUGCAUGCUAAAGUGUCCCAGAGUGGGGCUUUGACAAAUCAGCAGACUUGAAUUGAGGAAGAUUUCUUGGGCUGCAAAGUGGAAAUAAAAGCUGCAUUUAAAUGCAUUCAUGACAUUGGCAGACUGUGAGACAUGGAUGCACCUUCAGGCCAUUCACCUCAUCAAGAUUGUUCAGCUACUUAACCAUGCCUAGUAUGUUUCUCAACCCUAUUCUGCCUCCUCCAGGUGCUUUUAGUAUUCCAAAUCCAGUCUGACUAGCGCUUCAGCAGCAUGUCCCUGCUGUUAAACUGGACCACUUGAAAUGAAUGUUAACAUUGCAUUUGUCUUCCGAAUUGCUGACUGAACGUGCAUGUCAGCUUUUAGAGAAUCCUGAACUGGGACUCGUUAGUCCGUUUUGUGCUUCAGAUUUCCAAAGACACUUCUGUUUAUUCUAUCAAAGUGCAUAACUUUACAUUUAAUAUUCUAUCUGCCACUUCUUUGCCUACUUUCCUAGCCUAUCCAUAGAACAGUACAGGCCCUUCGGUUCACCAUGUUGUGCCAACUUAUUAUCCUGCUAAGAUCAAUCUACCCUGCCUACCCUACGUUUUGCUAUCCUCCAUGUGCCUAUCCAAGAGUCACUUUAAAAGUCUCAAGUAAUUGACUCCACUGCCACUGUGUAAAGAACCUACCUCCAAUCACAUUAAAAUUAUGCUCUUCUGCCCUGGAAGGAAAAUGUGUCUAACUAUCCGCUGACCUGUUUUUGUUGCCUGCAAACUUAACAACAAUGCCCCUCAGUUCCUUUAUCCAGAUUAUGAAUAGUUGUGGUCCUAGUGCUGAUUCCUGCAGGACCUCAGUAGUCACUGUGUGCACUCCUGAGAAAGACCCCUUUUUGCAAUUGUCUGCUUUUUAGCAGUCAGCCAAUCCUGUAUCCAUGACAUACCUUGCCCCUAACACUGUGGGUUCUAAUUCAGCAGCCUCUUUUCCAACACCUUGUGAAAGGCCUUCUGGAAAUCAAAUAGAGCACAAUCACUUACUCCCCUUUAACUUGUUCAGUACCCCUUCGAGUUCUAAUGGAUUUGUCAAACAUGACCUCCCUUGAUAGGGCUGAGUCAGCACAGUUUCAUUUACUAUGCUCUUCCGUCAUUAGUUAAUUAUGACUUCCUGCUCUGGCAUAAAAUUUUGUUGAAUUCCUAUUGUGAGCAGAACGGCUAUGAAUGCAAAAAUUGAAGAACAGCAUAAUCUGCAUCAAAAACAUUUUGUGUUCUGGCAGCAUUUGUGGAGGAAAUGAAUAAUCUUCUAAAUUUGCCAUCGCCCCCUGAUUUGGUUCACCACACAAGACAGGGCCAGUGGUGCAAUUGAUAACACAUCUGACUACGGAGCAGGACGUUGCAGGUUCUGUGGCUCAAGUGCAAUUGGCAGUUGGGGCAGCAUGGUGGCUCAGUGUUUAGCACUGCUACCACACAGGGCCGCAAACCCAGGUUCCAUUCCAGCCUCCUGGCAACUGUCUGUGUGGUGUUUGCACAUUUUUCCUGUGUCUGUGUGGAUUUCCUCCAGGUGCUCCAGUUUCCUCCCAUAGUCCAAAGAUGUGCAGGCUAGGUGGAUUGGCCAUGCUAAAUUGCCCAUAGUGUUCAGGGAUGUGUAUGGUGUAUGUUUAGAUUAGGUGGGUUAUGGGGGAGCGACCUGGGUGGGACGCUCUGAGGGUCAGUUUGGACUUGUUGGGCCAACGGGCCUGUUUCCACACGAGGGAUUCUAUCAAUGUUAUCAAUAAGUCUGAUAUGUAGAGAUGUGGGCGUGACUUAAUGGUUCUCAGCUGAAAUCAAAAUGAAUAUUCAAGAAUCAUUUUGGUCAUGGUACAUUUAUAAAUAAAUUUUCCAAUCUAUUUGGUCUAGUGCUGUUUAUUUUCUAGGUAAACAUAUCAUUCUGGAGAAGUUUUAAAUUUAGUAUAGGGUACAUCAUUCUGAAUGAAAUUUCAACUAGUAAUAGUUAAGCAUUAACCUGUCUGAAGACAACUAGUUGAUGUGUUGACCUGGACUGGGCUACAGGAGACACACUAACAAGUUGCUACUGCCUCAAAAGCAGUAUACUCAACUGCUGUGGACACAGAUGUAUGAUAAAUUUAAUGCAACAGAAUGAAGUUUAAAGAUGUUGCUAAUUAUACAAUCACAGAAUCCCUACGGUGUGGAAACAGGCCCUUCAGCCCAACAAGUCCACACCAACACAGAGCAUCCCACCCAGACCUAUUCCCCCUAAGUUACACAUCCCCGAACACUACAGGCAAUUUAACAUAGUCCAAAGAUGUGCAGGUUAGGUGGAUUGGCUAAGAGAGGAAACCCAUGCAGAUACUGGGGGAAUGUGCAAACUCCACACAGACAGUUGCCUGAGGGGGAAUCGAACCCAGGUCCCUGGUGCUACAAGGCAGCAGUGCUAACCAAUGAGCCACAGUGCCAGCCACCCUGUGAUAAUGUUGUAAUUCAUUGGUAGAUAACUGCAAUUGUCAAUUGGUGAACACACUAGUGCAGGACAUGUGAUCUGAGAUUCACAUAGCAUGAAGUAUGAGCGUGUGCUUUAUUAUGCAUGUGUUGGUAGAGUGACCAGAUUUAAAAUUUGAGAGUUUUUCUGUAAUUUGUUUACCUCAUAAAAAAAUUCUGGACCUUACCAGCAUGAGAUUGCUGACAGCAUUGUUCCAACAGCAAAAUUCUGCAGAUGCUGGAAAUCUGAAAUAACAAAGUGCUGGUACUACUUUCAGCCUAAUUCUGUGCAGAGAAACAGGUAAAGUUUCACAAUGACCAUCCAUAGAGUUAUGGCAUCAACAUUGUAUUGAGAGAAUGAUUGCCCUGGCCUUCUAGACAUGAGUCUAGUUAACAAUUAGCAGUCACAUCAUGGCAAGUACCACCGACCAACCUUCUCAUAGGCCAGAUUUCUACAUCUCGAGUAUUAGCAGCAAAUACGCUGCUGCGUGGAUUUUUUUUUAAAAACCUUUUAAGUUUCUCCUAAGAUGUACUGUGAUUUUAAACGUAGGCUGAAUCAUGAAACUUAUUUUUACAAACAGAUAUAUCCAUUAAGUUCCACCUACAUCUGUAUAGUGUGUAUGCUCUGCUUCUACAUUUGUAUGUUGCCAAAAUGAUAGCCCUGUGCCAAACAAAGUAAUUUCUAUAGAUAAUGCUGGAUUAUCCGAAAACAGUUGAGAUUUAGGUGCACAUAUCUAAUGUGUUCACUUUAAAUGCAACUCUUGCACGUUUAAUUGGUCAUGUCUAGUCAAGUAACAAUCUAAAUGGGGAAUGUGAACAGCCUGGGUUUUAGUCACAUCAUGACUUUUAUGCCUAAACUGCAUUUUUAAACAUUUUGUCCUUUGUCAUUUUAUUCUUAAAAUGAGAAGUUCAGGUGACGUUACUAAUUCCAAAGCUUUAUACAUACACUGCUAAUUAUUACUUCACCUAUGUUUAUCUCCUUCCCAUCCUGCACACUUUUCUAUUACACAAGUUCUGGCACAUUGUUGAAUCUUGAUCAGCCUAACAGGUGGUCCCAAUACCAUCCAGUAUCUUACUGACCAUAGAACCAAGCUGUAUGCAAUUUGAGCUGCUAGUGUUCCCUGAAGUAAAAUGGAUUUUGUUUUUUAAUAUGAAGCCCAGCAAUGAAUUAGGCUAAGUUUUUGAACAUUGAAUCCCUGUCCACUAAUAGCUGAUUUUUCCUUUGAUAGUUAACUAUUUAUGGGAAUCAGCAUAAAAUGCCUGUUGACAUUAGGUUUCCUGUUGCAGACCACGUUCAGUGAUGAUGUGCAAUUAAUGUAUGCUGGAAUGUGUUUCUUAUCAAAUGAAUGGACUUUCACAGAACAUUCAUAGAAAUUGGGCACUUUAUAGGAUGCUUUUUCUGAAGAAGAGUCUAGGCCCAAAACAUCAGCUUUCCUGCUCCACUGCUGCUUGGCCUGCUGUGUUCAUCCAGCUCUACACCUUGUUAUCUCUACUUUAUAGAAGGUAUCGCUUGAGAUACAUCAGUUACAGAUGCAGUGUAGUUUGUUUUUUUUUUAGAACUUGUAUCCUCUGGAUUCAUAACAUCUCCUUUGUUCUCUCUUGGAUCUUUAAUUAGGUGGAGCGGGGAGGAUGGUGAAAUGCCUUUUUAUUUUAGUUUUGCAUUUGUUUAGAGUUCAGCUGUCAAUGAGGGCUUGACUAAGUCUUUUAAACUUUAGUAACAAUGAAUGGAUCAGUUCACGUUACACUUGGACCAACAAAUAGAAUACUUCUAACUCUAUAGACAAGUAAAAUCCAUGUGAUGGCGUGUAUGCAGAAAGUUGUUUUUAAGAUUAUUUUGUGGAUUACUUAAGGUCUAAUCACUGGUGUACAUGUCUUUCAUGCCUAAUAAAUAAACUUGUAAGAUGAAA